GCAGCGUCUGUGUCAACAACAUCAGGUGGAGCUGACGGGGGUGGUAAAAAUACCAAUAAAUUUCAAGAGCAAGAAGGCCACCAGAACAUCAAGACGCAUCAAAAUUCUACUAAACUCGUCGACGACGCCUACUCUCUCCACAGCAACUACCCCCAGACGAAGUCGAUUCCCGCGGCCGUUCAAGAGUACAAAAGGAGGAAGCGGUUGAUCCGGAAGUUUGAUUCGUGGAAGAAGCAAGUCGAGCACUAUUUGUACGCAAAUGCGCCGAAGUAUGAAUUGCAAAAGUAUCGUACUAGUAUAAACGUGCAAUGCAACUUGGCUCAGCGUUACAGAUUAGAUUUGCGAUGCGGAAUAUCUAAUGCAUUAGUGCAGUUAAGUAGUACGAGCGCGAUACUUUUGCACUGCAUACGAAGAAGAAACCGUCAAUCCUCGCCGCGUCGAAUCCGGCUUUGAGGGAAGAGGAAAGUCGGUAUUCGUUGCCGAUUUCUGUGCCGAAGGUGUAUGAUGAGGAUGAAGCGAUUUUUCAUUUUACUGCGGAAGAUGAUGAAGCUUUCGAUCACCAGGAACAGCACAAGCAAGACUCGUCCGCCGCAGGAGGUGUACGAUCUUCUGGAACAAUAGUUCCUCCGACCCACCCUCCCCUAACCGAGAACCGUCUCCGGUCAGCGACGACGGGCACGGAAGGCACGAUUGGCAGCACGACCGUGCUGAGGAGCGAUGAGGAGGAGGAAGAAUUUGAGAAGGGCAAACCACAAACGAUAUACAGAAUCGGCUACAGUACGAAAUCUUCGAAGAUUACAAGACAGACUGCGAAGAUUCCGGUUCGGUGGAUGCGAACGUGGCACAAUAUCCAGGUGAGUUCUACUGCUGCAAAGGGAGGAGGUCAUCCUCAAGGGACAACUACAACAACUUCUAGGGAUCAACAUCGUGCAGCUGGGGGUGUUGGAGACCCAAAUCUUCAGGGGCAAACUUCCCCCACGGCGUCUUUACAUUCGAGCACUGGUGGCGCCGCCUCCGGUCGAUAUGUUCCCGGUGGUGCGGCGACUGGAACUACGCAUCAGCGUGGUGCUUUUGCUGCGGCAAGCGCGGCGAACAACGGUGUUCCAGCAUCAACCCGACCAGUCCCACGAAAACAGUAUUAAAUGCAAAAGUGUCUGGGUCUGGAAGAGUGCAGAUUUUUGUCAUGCUGUUUUUGCAUGACACAAAAUGUCUGUCAUGGAAGCCCUAGCAUCACAGAUUUCGAGAAGCUUCCGCACUGCUUAAUCCGUAUGACAAAUCCCCCAUUUUGGUGACAGGAAGCGGGCGCCUUUUGCUGCCUAUGCAUGAGAGAUUUAUCUGUGGUGUGAAAUGCGCAUCACAAGUUCGCAUGCUUCCAGACCCACACAUAUUUGCAAUGCAUAAACAGCCAGCGUCUACUACAAACGAGUGGAUCCAACUGCAGCUCGACUCCCACUACCACCCGGACAAUCCAUUUCACUUGUCCCUAGAAUGGAUCCUCUGCAGCAACAUCUGCGCAGCGAAAUUCACGCUGUUUUUGGUCAACUCCGCCUCAGAUAUGAGAGUGUCAGGAUCGAAAUCGUCAAAGUUGAAAUACUAGUUUGUCAUGCAUAUAGAUGGAUGCCAGUUGGAACCCAGUUUCCAAAUGGCGUAUGACAAAUUUUGGCGGUCCCUAAAUCCAGUUUGUCAUGCUGCUUAGGCAAAGAAGACUGAUUUUCUCAUGCUACUUUAGCAGCUCGAGCUCUAGCCCCAAGCAGGCUUACAAUCGGCCUCACUUGCCUGCUCUGCAAUGCACGCGCCUCGCGUCAUGCAUUUUAUGCAUUACAAAUUAUGUAGACUUUGACGAUUUCGAUCCUGACACAUCCAUAUCAGAAAACGGCUUCCUCCUCCAAACCGUCCCGCACUCCCAAGUUUUCCCGCAGCUAUGGCGUUCUCAACUGUCACACUCUCAGCUGCUACAUGAAGAUGAAUUUGCAAUGCAAGAUGGCGACAGUGAAAGGGGAAAGAUCGCGCAUUUUGCAUUACAGAUUUGCCACAGAUUUAGAUGCUGCUUAGCCCUUCGGAUAUUUGUCAUGCGAAGCAGCUUAAUUGUUGCGAUCUUGGUGGUAAAUUUGCAUGGCAAACCAUGUAACAGUUGAGAACGCCAUAGCAGCCGAGCCAGCGGUGUGCGGAGAAGUUUUUCAAGCAGCUGAACAAGCUGAAAUACGGAACGGAGGAACAUUUAGAACUGAUAAAACUGAAACAGCAAAGGGACGAGCACGAACAGGAGUUAGCGAAUAUGGAAGUGAUGCAAUUCCUCUUCACCUCGAAAUCCUCGUUCUAUUUGUUGCGGAACUACAUGCAGAAGCAGGUGGAAGAUUUGGUUUACAAAAGACCGCCCUUUUUCCACAGGUUGGGGAUGCGGAUUCCGGUAUGGCGUUCUCAAAUGUUAAAUAAUUCUCAACUGUUACAUGGAUUUGUGAUGCUAAAACAGCAAAAGCGAAAGCGGGAAUAUUGCGCGUUUUGCAUUGCAAAUCUAGAACGUAGUACCGUGCUGUUUAGCCAUUGGAGAAUUUGUCAUUCGAGAACACCUUGAUGGUGCGGCUGCUUAUGGCAGUUUUGCAUGACAAAUCAUGUAAUAGCUGAGAGUGUAAACGUUUGAGAACCCCAUAUCCGGAGAGGAUCGGGUACGCAGCGCUAGUGGAAAUGUUGUUGUCGCCACCACUGAAUCUACUGUUGAUUUACAACUAUGGGGCGACAAGUAGUUCUUCUAAGAGCGGGAGCGGAAAAUCUGCAAAGGCAGCCUUGUUGCCAUCUGCUACUUCUUCGAAGACGGGUGGCGACCUGCUAUCGCAAAGUAGGUCUCGAAGCGGUCUCCCGACGACCAGCAUUACUGGUGUCGCUGGUGUGCUGCGAGGGACAUCCUCGGUGGUACAACCUGUAUCAUACGGAGAGCGAGUAGAUCUCAACAUCAACGACCAGCAGGACGACCUUGUGACAGCAAGAGAAACUUUGGAAGUAAUCGACACGGAUACAAACCAAUAUGGCGGUGUUGAUAUGAUCGGCGCGAGGGGACGGGAGACGGUUGUCGCGCAGGCUGGUGUAGCUGGAUCUGCUGGAGCCCCUGAUGUUCCUCUUGUAGCUUCCGGGGGAGAAACAGAAACUGCUGGCCGAUCAACUACAUCUCCUGCACGAGAACAAGAUAACCUCUUUGACUUCGACAACGCCGUGCCCAUGCUCGGUGGAUUGGACCUGCGACAGCUUACCACCCCAGCACCAAGAGGGACGCAAGCCACACCAGUGUUUGAGGCCAUUCGGCAAAACCAGCAUUUGACAGACGGAGGGAUAAUUGUUCAGGGUGUGGAUUUGAUAAACACGACUUCUACGCCUCCCGCACAAGAACCUGGAUUGGUAGAUUCUGGAGGACCUUCUGCGGCUCCAGUUGCUGGUCCUCCUGCUAGCGUCGGGAGAGGGGUCGAGGACGAUCCAAUCAUCUCGCGUCCGGACGACGAGUCAGUGUCAGCACAAAAUAAUGCCUUACAACUCCCAGCCCAACUUCUCGAGCAAGAUUUGCAGGACCAGUACUCCACCGGUAAUGUCAGUGCUUCUGGAUCGAACUCCAAGGAAGUCGUUACCCCGAAUGACAGCACGGUGAUGUCACUGAAUCUAGACACGUAUCCAUUGCAAAUAUGUUUGGGUCUGGAAAUUUGUGAUGGUAAAAUGUUCAUGACGAAAACGGUCCCUCAUGGAGGAGAGCAUGACAAGUUUGCAGAACGCUUCCUCAUACGCACUCCGCAUGAGAAACUGCGUUUUUGUGUGACGAGAGAGGCUGCGACUGUUGUUGGUCAUGCAAUACAGAUCUCACAGGAAUGUAAGACCAGCAUUACAAGCUCUAACUUUGCUGAUCCAGACAUUUUUGCAAUUCAUAACACGCGGACGAACGCAAACAUCCAGCAGCUCGACCACGAUGGAUUGUUUCCCCCGCUACUUAAUACGAUUGGCGGCAACACCUCUUCAGCGAACAGCAGCACCAUUGGUGCGACCACAGCGGGGUUGUUACAGAAUCUUCAGACAAACAGCGAAGAACAGCUUUUGGACCAAAAGUUGUACCACUCAGCUAUACCGCAGCAAACGCCGGAUUUGCUUGUGCCCUUCCGCUCUGCCACGAGCAAUUCCAAGCAGCAAAUCACUUCCGGCAUCUAUAAUUCUCGAGGACGCACCCGGGAACAUCAGCACAGCGCAACUGCAGCUAGAGGCUCCUUCUAUGAUGACCGGUCCAAAACCGGGGACUUAUCCCCGAAUAAUUCUCCC